AUGAGCACGACGGCGGCGCUGCUGCUGGCCGCGGUGGCGUGGCGGGCGGUGGCGGCGGAGGAGCCGCUGAUGCUGGACAAGUGCUGCUGGAAGUCGCAGUACUACGACCGCGCCGCGGGCGAGUGCGUGUCGCCGCCCUGGUCCGUCGCGGACUUCACCCGCGAGGAGGUGCUGGAGCUCCCGCUGGCCGAGGAGGACGCCCGCUGGGUCCCGCCGCAGCUGCGCCAGCGCCGCAUACACGCCAGGUGCGUCGCUCCGCCCACCUGCCAGCGGCGAGUUUUAUGUAUGUCGUGUUUGCGAGUCCAUCAAUUACUGUGGCCAUUAGUUGAUUCGUUGAUUGAUGUGUUGUUCGGGGCAAGUCAACUGGCAAGUCUCCUGACGAAAGGGCGCGUGCGCAGGUACGACGUGGAGCUGCGGGGCCACCGGCUGGCGGUGGUGGAGGCGGACGCGGCGGCGGUGGCAGCGCUGCUGCGCGUCAACGCGAGCGCGGGCGCCUUCGCGCACGUGCAGCGCUUCUCGCCGGCGGUGGACGCGCGCGCCGCGUGGGGCCAGAGCUUCUGCCUGGACGCCGACGCCCCCGCGCCGCGCCCGGCCGCCGUCGUGGCGCUGAGCGGGCUGCUGACGCGCGCGCUGCGCAAGUGCUGCCCCGAGGGCCAGCGCCUGGACCAGAGCGCGCGCGCCUGCGUCGCCGACCCGCCCUGGGCCGUGCACGAGGUGGGUGCGUGGGUGCCGCCGACGCCGUGGCUCAACGCGUCGGGCGCGCGAGUGGAAGUGGACAACUUCGGCUUCGAGUGGAACGUGGCCGUGCGGGUCGGCGAGGAGGACGACGCGGUCUGGAGGCUGACGGCGCCCCCCGCCAAGCCGGAGUUCAAGGUGUGGGUGCGCGGGGCGUCGCGGCGGGGCGGCGGCGCGGCGCUGGAGGGCGUGGCGAGCGCCUACUGCUUCGACGCCGUGGACGACGGGCCACUGGCGCCGCGCGCGCUGCUCGCCGCCGUGCGGCUGGGCGAGGAGGACGCCGAAGCGUCCGCGUGGCUGCCGGCGGCGGUGGGCCGGGCGCUGGGGGGCGGCGCGGUGCCCGUGCUGUACAACGCGGCGUGGGGCGCGGAGGCGGCGCUGGUGCUGGAGGCGGACGAGGGCGAGCCCGGCGCGUGGAGCGUGGAGGUCCCGGAAGGCGAGGAGCCCGUGCUGUGGCUGGAAAGGCGCACCGCCAACGGCACCGCCCGCAUUCGCGCCGGCCGCUCCUGCUUCGACGCGCGAGCCGGAGGCGGUCGCGUGCUGGUGGUGGAGGCGCCGUGCGACGCGGCGUCCGUCGCCUGCCUGCCCAAGUGCUGCCCCAGCGGCCAGCUGCUGGACGCGUCGGGGCGGUGCGUGGAGCCGCCGCUGCGGGCGCUGCCGGCGCGCGACUGGGACCCCGCCGCCUCGGCCGCCGCGCCCUUCCUCGCCCGCGACAAG